CUGAGGGAGAGAAGGAAAGAUCGGAGGCCGGCGGCGGAGGGAGGCGAGCCAUGAGGGUCGCCGUGGACUUCGAGGAGUGCCUCAAGGACUCGCCCCGGUUCAGGGCUGCUUUGGAAGAUGUGGAAGGAGAUGUGACAGAGCUAGAGCAGAAGCUGGACAAGUUAGUGAAGCUUUGUAUUGCGAUGAUCGACACGGGGAAGGCCUUCUGCCUGGCCAACAAGCAGUUCAUCCAUGGCAUUCAGGACCUGGCUCAGUAUUCCAGCAAGGAUGCCCUCGUGGAGACCAGCUUGACGAAGUUCUCCGACAGCCUCCAAGAGAUGAUCAAUUACCACACUAUCCUGUUUGACCAAACACAAAGAUCAAUUAAAGCGCAGCUUCAGACGUUCGUUAAAGAAGAUAUCAGGAAGUUCAAAGAUGCCAAGAAGCAGUUUGAGAAAGUCAGUGAAGAGAAGGAGAAUGCCCUGGCCAAGAAUGCCCAGGUCCCACGGACCAAGCAGCACGAGGUGGAAGAGGCCACCAACAUCCUGACGGCCACCAGGAAGUGCUUCCGCCACAUCGCUCUCGACUACGUCCUGCAGAUUAACGUUCUUCAGUCAAAGAGGAGGUCAGAGAUCCUAAAAUCGAUGCUGUCCUUCAUGUAUGCCCACCUGGCCUUUUUCCAUCAAGGCUACGACCUUUUUAGUGAACUUGGACCCUACAUGAAAGAUCUUGGAGCUCAGCUUGAGAGGUUGGCUGUAGAUGCUACGAGGGAGAAGAAGGAGAUGGAGCACAAACACUCCACUAUUCAGCAAAAGGACUUCUCCAGCGAUGACCCUAUGCUAGAGUACAAUGUGGAUGCCGCCAAUGGCGUCGUCAUGGAAGGCUACCUCUUCAAGCGAGCCAGCAACGCCUUCAAGACCUGGAACAGGAAAAAGCCCGAUGGCAUCAGGCGCUGGUUCUCCAUCCAGAACAAUCAGCUGGUCUACCAGAAGAAAUUCAAGGAUAACCCCACGGUGGUCGUGGAAGACCUUCGGCUCUGCACAGUCAAGCACUGCGAAGACAUUGAGAGGCGCUUCUGCUUUGAGGUCGUCUCUCCAACAAAGAGCUGCAUCCUUCAGGCAGACUCAGAGAAGCUGCGGCAAGCGUGGAUUAAGGCGGUGCAGGCCAGCAUUGCCACAGCCUACAGGGAGAAAGGGGACAGCACAGAGGUGGAGAGGAAGCCGUCCCCUUCCAGGGGGAGUCCGGAAACGGGCGCAGAACCCAAAGAGAAGCUGCUGAAAGGAGAGAGCUCUCUCCAGAGGGUGCAGAGCAUUCCUGGGAACGCUGUCUGCUGCGACUGCGGCCUGGCAGACCCCCGGUGGGCCAGCAUCAACCUGGGCAUCACGCUGUGCAUUGAGUGCUCUGGCAUCCACAGGAGCCUGGGUGUCCAUUUCUCCAAAGUCCGGUCCUUGACGCUUGACUCCUGGGAGCCAGAGCUGCUCAAGCUGAUGUGUGAACUGGGAAAUGAGGUCAUCAACAGGGUAUAUGAAGCAAGCGUGGAGAAGAUGGGCGUCAAGAAGCCUCAGCCCGGAAGCCAGAGGCAGGAGAGGGAGGAGUACAUCCGUGCCAAGUAUGUGGAGAAGAGGUUUGUGGAGAGAUGUCCUGCCACUUCCGGAGGGAAACCUCGCCCUCUGAGCCAGGGGCUUCAAAGGCACAGCGGCAGCCCGGAGGGGAGAGCUGGGGAAGAGGAGGCCCCCCCAACAGCCAAGGACCAAAUGGCAGCAGCGGCAGCUCUGAGAGGGGUUGUUGUCAGUAGCGACGAGGUGAGGCGGGAAUCCCUGUUCUGCCCCGAUGAGCUAGAUUCACUCUUCUCCUACUUUGAUACUGCCUCAAAGCUGCGGAGUAUGCGCAGCAACGACAGCGGCUUCCAGCACAGCAGGGAGCAGCUGGCCUCCGCCGUCUCAGCCAGCACCUUGUAUGAGCCAGAGACUGAAAGGCCUGAGGCUGCUGCUGCUUCUACUUCCCGAGACGCCCGGCCAGACGUUCCGGGGCUGCAGCUGUACUUGGCCUCCUUCCAGAAGAGCCUUCCUGGCAUGGCCGAGGCGCUGGCCCACGGGGCGGACGUCAACUGGGUCAACGCAGCGGAGGGCAGGUCCACACCGCUGAUCCAGGCCGUCCUGGGGGGCUCCUUGCUCACUUGUGAAUUCCUGCUCCAGAAUGGUGCCAACGUGAACCUCCGGGAUGCCAAGGGCAGGGGCCCCCUCCACCACGCCACCCUCUUGGGGCACACUGGGCAGGUGUGUUUGUUCCUGAAACGGGGCGCCAACCAACACGCCACGGACGAGGAAGGGAAGGACCCCCUGAGUGUGGCCAUUGAAGCUGCCAACGCGGAUAUAGUGACGCUGCUGCGCUUGGCCAGGAUGAACGAGGAGAUGCGGGAAUCGGAGGGACUCUACGGCCAGCCAGGAGACGAAACCUACCAGGACAUCUUUCGAGACUUCUCACAAAUGGCGUCCAAUAACCCGGAGAAGCUAAACCGCUUUCAGCCAUCAGAUGUGCAGAAGCCCUGAAGGCUCCGGGGCUGGGGGGAGACCAAGACUAGCCCCCGCCCCCUCCUUGAAAGCUCACCCCUCCUUUUUAUACAUAAACACUGCUUUGAGUAA